AUGGAACAGAAUUUAAGCAACACCUUAAGAAUUACCAUACAACCAAAGCAAAAUUUUCAUUUUCGCUACCUGCGUGAACUGAAAGACUCUCAUGGUGUUUUAAUUGGACAAAAACCACUGAGUUCGGGGCAUCAGCGUGGAACAACCAAAUCUUCAGAGGAGUGUGAUCCCUCACCCACCAUUAAGUUACAACUGCCAGCCAAUGCCUAUCUGGACGAUAAUCGAAAUAAACGCGACUUCUAUGUGCUGUGCUCACUUCACAGUUAUUUUAAUAAUGAACCCCACUCACUCUCGCCCCAUUUGCUGAUUAAAAAGGGACAGACAGAGAAAAUCCAUGAAUUCAUAUUCGUCAAAAUGGAAGAGAAUCCCUCGGAUCCAUGCGAGAGAACAUGGCAAUUAAAGAGUUACGUUAUUUUCCGUCUUAAAAUUGUUAAACAAUUUGAGAACUACAAAAAAUCGUUGCGGCAGAAGCAAAAUCAUUAUCAAAGUUUGCAACUCCCAUUGGAUUUUGAUGAACUUAAAGGAAAAUUGGACAUUAAUGACCCGGAAAGCCUUAAAAUUAGUGGCGUUUUAAAUGUUUGCUUGGGUUUUACGAUUUUCGAAAAAACCAACAACUUAUCAACCUAUAAACUAACUCACAAGACUAUAUACUCCGAUAACAUUUAUUAUGGUGAUGAUUUGAAAAUCAUCAAGCUGUGCAAUACAACGGGCGGUCUAAGCGGCGGUUUAGAUGUAACAUUUCUGAUGAAUGGCCAUGGCGCACACAAUUACAAUGUGCAUAUGUGGUACUGGAACGAGAAAAAAAACCAAAUCGUUUGGGAAAAGGAAAUUGCCAUACAGAAAAAGGACAUUGUUAAAAAUGUCGCAUAUUCUUUUGAUUCGCCCGAUGGGAGAGAACUAAGAAACUGGAUGUCAGGGGCUAACGAAAUCAAAGUUAUGCUGCAGGUUCAAGUUGAUCAAAGUACGUACAAAAGUAAUGCGGUAGGAUUCAAAUAUCGGAAUAAUGAUGCUGCCGGGGAAGAACCGCAACGCAAAAUUCCUCGUAAUGCUGCUGAAGCCAACAACCAAGUUAGUCAAGCAACUUCUGAAGCUGCGGUAUCCGUUGUCAGUGGCCCUGCAGAGAAUCUAGGCAGCAACUAUAAUGCGAAUGUACCCAACGUAACUUCUCAACCAUGCUAUGAGUAUUCUAACCAGACUUACCCCAUCGCAGAUCAAGCCAACGGCAGUAGUUAUCAAACUAGUCAAACAAAUAAUGAAGCUGUGAGCAGCAGUUAUAGCAAUGCAAAUGAUGGAGAAGCGUUGCAUAUGGAAAACACCACAGGAAAUCUACAUGCAGCACUUUUAGAAACAAAUUUGCCACCCAUAUGGGUCGUUAAUCCCAACGAAAUUCAUUCAUCCACAAACGCCAACACCAACAACUAUACACAGCAACCAACUGAAAUGGACACCAACCAAGCUAGGUGCUUUUUGGAUAGCAUUGCAACGAAUCAAUGCUUUGCAUCGGGACCUACGAAUGCAAAUUAUAAUAAUCAGCAUGUGGAGCAAGGAUGGGGCAAAGGAUAUUCGAUUUCCGAUUACUGGAAAUCGUCUGGGAAUGAAUUUGAAACUGAUGGCAUCAGCGACAAUGAACAAAUUGAAGAAACUGUCUACGUCUCACGCGAUGGCAUUUCUGCUGAAAAACCGACAUCUCCAGAACCGGUUAAGAAACCCCAACAAAAGCGUGAUAUUGACGUGGCAACAAAGAAACUGAAAGAGCUGGAAACCAUGGGAUCUGAUAACAACAUCUUGGAUGAAAUCAUUACGAAUGAGGAAUUGCUUUUGGCUGUCUGUAGGAAAACGAAAGAUUCCACCACAAAUAAAGAACUCGUUCUCAGGGUCCAUAACAAGAUCCAACAGAAUCUAUUACAUCGCGCCUGCUUUCGUAACAGAGCAAAUGCUAUAAAACCCUUAGUGGGCAUGGGAUUUGGUCUACACGAACAAGAUGUAGAAGGUCGCACACCUCUUCAUUUGGCCCUGGAGUAUGGUCACACUGAAUGCAUUUCGCAGUUGCAGCUUCUAAUGAAGAAGGAGAAUUACACAAAGUAUUCUGAGGAUGUGCUAAGGACGAUGAUAAAAAUGUUCCAAGUCCAUGAUAAUUAUGGUCGCACCGUACUUCAUGCAGCGGUUAGGGCAAAUAAUUUUGAUCUUUUUGAGACUAUGUUGACAUUUGGCCACCACAAUGUUGUGGACAUUGCCCGCUAUGAAGUUCUGGGCACUGGAAAAUCUGUGGUCCAUUUGAUAGCAGAGCAAAAUUUGUUAGAUUGGAUUCCGUUGGUCCGCAAAUACAUUCCCCGGUAUUUGGAAUUGGAAAAUUAUGCCGGCAACACUGUCUUAGAUCUACAGGAUUUAACUAUGGAAAUGAAGAAAGCCUUGACACCAGAGGGACUGAAAGAUGACGAAGCAAGUAAAAUAGAGCAGCUAAGCGAAAAACUGGAAUCAUUGAAAACGAAUUCAGAAUAAUGUGGCAUAAAAAGUAGAGAAAAAAAAUUCACCCUAUACGCCGCUUAUUCUUAUUCUAAAAUUUUUAAAACAUUUUUAUUUAUCUUAAAAUUCUGUAUUCUAUAGUACUAUUUUAUACCCAACU